UUUAAAUAUAAAAUGUCGGAAAUUGGAGAAAAGAGAUCUGCUGAACAUCAGCCUAGUGUAAACAAAAAAUCAAAGAUUGAGUCUCGUAAUGAACAAAAAAAUAUUCGUUAUGAGCGUAAGUCUCAUGAUAAAAAUUUUGAAAUGAUCACUCAAGCCAAGAAGGUCUGGGAACAAGUUCGUCGUGGUGAUAUUAGUCGAGAUGAACAAAAGAAUUUGAUGGAAAAGAUGAUGAAGAUUAUUGGUGGCAAAGUUCAAGAUGUCAUUUUUAAACAUGAUGCCUCACGUAUUAUUCAAACUUGUCUUAAGAAGGGUAAUGCAGAACAAAGAAAUCAAAUUGUUGAAGAACUUCAAGGUAAAUACGUUGAAUUAUCCAAAUCCAUGUAUGGUAAAUUCAUUGUGAUGAAGGCUAUUGAAUACUGCCACAAACAGAGAGACAAUAUUUUGGCUGAAUUCAGAAAUAAUGUUCGUAAAUUAAUUCGACAUAAAGAAGCUGCUACAGUUAUUGAAACAUUUUAUUCACAAUACGCUAAUGCUGCGCAAAGAAAUGAAUUGCUUGCAGAGUUUUAUGGUCCUGAAAUGACAUUAUUCAAUCACAAUGGAGGAGCAAAGACAUUAGAUGAUUUAUUGAAAGCCUUCCCUGAAAAGAAGGACUCUAUCUUGAGAUAUAUGGCAGAGAUGCUUCAGGGAUGUUUUGAUAAAGGCACUAUUGUUAACAGCAUUGUUCAUAAAGCUUUAUAUCAAUAUUUAACAUUAACUGAUGAUAAAGGACGAGAAGCUAUGUUGGGACAUCUUAAAGAAUUACUUCAAGAAAUUAUUCAUACUCGUGAAGGUGCAUGGUCAGCCAUGAUUUGUCUUUCAAUCGCUUCACCUAAGGAUCGUAAGGUGAUUAUUAAAGCAUUUAAACCCUACUUGGUCAAGAUUGCUUCAGAUGAAUAUGGUUACUUGGUUUUACUUCGCUUACUUGAUGUGACAGAUGAUACUGUUUUAGUCUCUAAAGCUGUUCUUGGUGAAUUAAGUAAACAUGCCAAAGAAUUAUUUGCGGAUAAAUAUGGUCGUCGUUUCUUCUUAUAUAUCUUAGCUGGACGUAAUACACGUUAUUUGUCACCUGAAACUGUUCAGCUUUUAAAGGAAGGUGAUAAAAUUAGAAUCAGUAAAAAGGAUCCUGAAGUUAGAGCUCAAGAAAUAUUAAAGGCCACUUCAUCUCAGCUUAUUAAAUUAGUUACUGAUGAUGCACCUGUUCUAAUGAGAGAGAAACUAUCAUCACAAGUAGUUCAAGAAAUCAUGCUUCAUGCUGUCGGUGAUAAAUCAUCUGCUAUGAAUAGUAUUCUAGCAUUAGCAGGAGAAAAUAUUGAAAAAGAGAAUCAUAUAAUUGAAGAUCGUUUUGCAAACCGUAUUAUUAAAGCUAUGGUUAAAGCAGAUACAGCAGAAGCAGAAAAUGAUAAAGCGAUUGAACCUCUUCAUUUUGCCCCUAAAUUACUUGAGGUCAUUCAACCUCACCUUGCUCAUUUUGCCACUAACCAUGGUAGUUAUGUUGUACUCUCCCUUGCUGAAGAGCCCUCUACAAAGAAGGAAGUUCAAAAAGCACUUAAAUCUCACAAGAAAGAAAUUGAAGAAGCUGCAAAAACAAAUUCCGGAUCUAAAUUAUUAUUAGAAGCUAUUUCAAGCAAAUAAACAAAUUAACACAUACUUUUUCUCUCAGUUUCCUUCAUCUCCUCUUUCUCUCUCUCUCUCUCUCUCUCCCCUCCCCUCCCCUCUUCCACUUUAAAUGAAAUGAUAAAGCAAUACCAGCC